CCCCGCAAAAGGAAAGAGUCUGCUGUCUGGGAGACUCCUAAACACCUCCAAUGACGCACAGCGGUGCCUGCAUCCUGCCGGAUUUCACUUGAAUUCCGUUCCGAUCCAGACUGUAGCGGUUUCGGCUUUUCCAGCUGAAUCUGGGUCUUAAUGAAGACGCGAGGUUUCCACCUGCGCCCUGGACCUGCAGGACCUGGAACGAACCCGGACUCCUGUUUUUCACUGUGGUGAACUAAGGACACGCUUUGAAUGAGUUGUGGGAAGCAAGAAUUUGAGCCACACCAUGCUUAGGAAGGUAAACUUCAUCCGAUUGUCAUGAUUGCUCCUGACUGAAAGCUCACAGUGGGAGCGAGACGGAGAGGAGAGGAGAGGAGAGGCUGCCUGCUGCGCUGCGGAGCUCCCAUCACACUUCAGCCUUCCAGGCACACGCCCACAUGCUCCUAACAAAGCGCAGGAGCGGUCUGUCUCAGCAAAAGCGCCAGACAGAUUGACGUACCAGGUGGGAUUGAGAAAAGGAAGCAGGAUCGUCUGGAGUCCAACACCGGCUGGAGGACAGAAGGAGCACAGAGGAUUGGCUAAAAUGGGGCUCCAGAACUUUGCUCCUGCCGACGGUGUGUUUGAGGGCCCCUCAGUCUGCACGCAGACAUGCCAGAUGUGAAGCCGCCCCCACCAUGUGAAUACCCUUCUACCUCCUCCGCUGCUCCCCUCGCUGGCUUUCAUUCUCCACUGAACAUGGAGCCUUGCAUUGCCAACCUCCCCCUGUCCCCGGACCCCUUGUCCCCGUUCCCCCAACACAGACCCAGUGUUCCUCAUUACCACGGUCUCCAGGGACCUCCUUACUCACUGCUGGCCAGGUGCAACAGCAGCACACUGCUGACUAACUUGGGACUCAGGUACUGCUCCAGCAGGCAAAUCCCUCUGGGCGUGGAUCCCGGACACGCGCUGGUCCCAGGUCCCUAUGUUCACAAUGAGAGCAGCUGCGGCAGACCCUACAGGAGCAUGGAGAACCUAAACUGGAACACUGUGGCAGACUCCGGCCUGUGCAGACUCAGCGCGGCCACCUGCAGGAGCGUGGACAAUGAAUUUGUUUUACGCUACACCUCCUGCAGCCACUGGUAUGACGGACCCCCCGAUGGGUCUGUUCUAGGAACUCAGGGGCUGGUACCCAAUCCGGAGAGCUUAGCGUUUUAUCCUCGACAAGGGCCACCCAGAAAAGACCUGCCACUCUUCCCUCAGUUGCUCUUUCCAGGCGGGGUUGACGAUUGGGAUGCAAGGAAGGGCCUUAGGGAUAAACUCCGUCUCCAGAGUGCAAGAUCAGCUGCUGAGACUUUAAGGCCCCUCCCACUACGCCCUCAGGUAAUCUCCAAUUCCACACCUGUGGAACGAGAAUGUGUGAAUCAGGGGAACGUAAACAUUCCUGGGUGCAGGCCAAUGGGCAUCACACGCACCUCCCCAGACGAGAUCAAGCGGGAGGUUUUGAGGCGUUUGCAGCUCAGGCGGCAGAACAGCAGCCCCAACUUGGCGCUCUGCGACUCUCCAUCCAGCUCACAAGAUUUGAAGACAUCUUACACAACGGACAACCUCACAAGUAAGAGGAGUGGAGCAGAUUCUGCGCCAGAGCGCCACCGACCUCCUGUGGGACGGCUGCACAUCCCGACAUUUGAGGAGUUUAAGAGGAUGAGACAGGGAGGGGGGGAUUCCAAAGCCGCUCCUGUGGAAUUGGUAAAACGUGACCUGCCAAACGAAGGAGGAGCUUCGGACGACAAAAUGCUCCCUUCUAAAGAAAAAAAUCUGAGUCAGAGUGGAGAGCAGGGAAAGGAUUCUGAAGGGGUGGACUGCAUUAAGACUCCAGGUGAAACGACAGCCAGCUGUGACGGCAGCCUGCAGAGCAUCGCUUCACCAGAAAAAGUUCCCUCCAACACAGCAACCAGUAGCUGCACCACAAGCCCCGCCCCCUCCUUCCUUUCUGUCACCAGCACGAGCUCUCCAAUCAGAACAGGGCCUUCUCCACGUUCACCCCUGAAGCCCCAGACUACACAGGGAAAAGUUGCAGGAGGAGAAAGCGGGAGCACAAAGCGGAGGAGGAGCAGUCUGGAGACAUCUGGGUCGAUCCCCUUCCCACCCGGAAAAGACGCCUUGGAUCGCCCCUCCAGCUGCUGCCCGGCGCUGCUCCUGGAGGGGACGGACCUGUCCAGCUAUGGAGCCAAGAUCUACAAGAUGAAGGAUGGGCUCAUCGGAUCUGCAUUGGACCUCAUCAAAAAGAGCUGCAGUGCAGAGAUCUCUGAGGCCCCCGUCAGGCUGUCAGGUGACCGUGAUGGAGGGUGUGACAUCACCGCCUCCUCCAACGGCUGUCAGCUCUCCGCCGUUGCCAUGGCAACGUCGGCAGCGGCCUGCAAAGCCGAGGCUGACGACGAAGCGCUCGCAGGAAGAGGAGGAGGAGGAGGAAGAGGAAGAGAGGAAGCAGGAGAAUGUCAGCACUCCAGCCUGGGCUGCAGGCGCUCCAGCUCAGACGCAGCCUAUGAGCCGGCUGAGACGGUGAGAGCUCAGCGCGAGUGCCGACUCCGACCCCACUACAGUGACCCCAUGCCAGCAGACGCCUCCAAGCGCAAACAGCUGGAGAUGAAAAUCGCCGUCGCGGCACGACUCCACAGCCAUCGGCGAGACCGAGACAGAGACAGUGCCCCGGCUGCAAUCCGAGGUCGCUCAGAGCCCCCUGGUGAGGAGCGGCAGGCGGUUCUGGGUGUGACUAGGUCCGGACAGCAUCGGUGGAGCACCAUCAGCAGCCUGAGUGCAGACAGUGGAGUGGUGGGCCUCAGUGAUGAGCGGGAGGAGGAGGACAGCGAGCCGCGGCGCCACCGCAGGGCCCGAGGAGCGGAGGUGGAGAGGGUGGACAGCGGGAUCGGGCCGGGUCUGUCCCGCACCUGGAAGCGACCGUCUGCUUCCCUCAGAGCCUGGGAAGCCCAGAGGCCAUGUCCGGACUGUGGGCAGAGGGAGGGGGCCUGUAAGGAGCGAGGCGAGCGGAUGUGCGAACGCUGCUCCAAGCUGCGCAUCGAACGCAAGGAAGCCAUCCUGGAGUUUCUGAACACGGAGUCGAGCUACGGGGAGGACCUUCGGAUCAUCAAAGAGGAGUUCUACUGUCCCAUGCAGAGUGCUGGGUUGCUGACAACCGAGCAGCUGGGCGUGGUUUUCAGCAACGUGCAGGAGCUCAUAGAUGUUAACGACCGCUUCACUGAACACCUGCAGGACAACAUCGAUCAGGCCUUUGACCAGGGCGACGACGAUCUGUUGACCGUCUACAUCGGUGAAAUCUUCCUGGAGUUUGUCAACAUGCUGCCGGCCUUUCAGACCUACUGCCUGCAGCAGUCCACCUCUGUCAACAUGCUGAACACGCUGGAGAAAGAGAAGGAAUUGCUCAGAAUAUUCUUGGACGUCUCCCAGAACGACAACACGGCAUUGCGCCGUAUGAACCUGCGCUCCUUCCUCAUGGCGCCCCUCCAGAGAGUGACCAAAUACCCGCUCCUGUUGAGCCGGAUCAUCAAGGUCACCCCUGAAUGUCACCCCGACUACGCGCGUCUCCGUGAGGCCAAAAGCCGGGUGGAAUCCCACCUGGAACACAUCAACAUGAAGACCAAGCAGGAGGGCAACGGGGUCACCUGGUCGCUGCGCUCAUUCCGCCGCGACAGCCGCAAGAACCGGGAGGUCAUCAACAUCGAGAUGCGAGAGGUCUCCAUGAAGACGGUGGGUUGGGCCAGGGAGAACACGCGUUUCGUCAUGGAGGGACCGCUGCAGUUUUCCCAGCCGGCUGACGGUCAGUGGGUGAAGAAGGGCUGCAGGGCUCUCAAGUUCCAGAACGUCCAAAGUCUGUUGAUGGUCAGGACGCAGCGGGAUGGCGAGGCGCAGGGACAGGGUGAUCAGGGUGCAAGGGGGGACCAGUGGGAAGGGGUCGGCGAGAGCGUUCGGGAUGGCGUUCUCGUUCUGAUCAAGGACAAAAGCAGCGGGAAGUUCACCGUUCUGAGGGAGCCUAUCCGCCUGGGAAACUGCGUGGUGUCGACAGACCCAGACUGCGAGGACACUUUCGAAGUCCUCGACAUUCGGCGGGAGUCGUUUGUUUUCCGCGCCUCUGACAAAUCUCGCACCCAGCAGUGGUUCCACCAGGUUAAGCGGUACGCUCGGGACUUGGGCACCUGGAGGAAGAGGCGGAACGCUUUGCCCAACAUUAUGAUCAACACAAACCAGAUGCGCUCCUGAGGCUCGCCUUCUUCACACAUCUUUGUCAGACUGUACAUAACUUGAAUUCUUCAGCAGCAAAAACGAGGAGGAACAUUUCGAGUAGCACCGCCGUUCUGAUGUUAGGUUCCAGUAGACGGAAAAAAACGUCUCGCAGAGGUGUGACAAAAGUGAAGCACUUUUGCAAAGCCGGAAGCUCACCAUGCUGUCGAAAAAAAAUUAUUGUAAACAAAAAUCUAGUUUUUAGCAGUAAAAGAUUCUUGGACAACCAAAAACCUGGGCUGUGCUCGCCGGUCUUGAUUGUAAAGACUGUUGAGAAACAGCUUUCUUUCCUUAAGGUGUGUCUGAUAAAAGCCUGACUGAACGCAAAAAGACAAAUUUUAGUCACUUUUUAUACAAAAGCCAUUUGGGGACUUCACAUUAUUUUAUUUUAUUUUUGUUUUUUGGGUUCAAGCAGAUGUAGACUGCUCUCAGUGUUUUCAUUUGUCCCACCUCCUGUAUGAGUGCUGCCCUCGUACCGCCUCAUACAAGUUUUGGCAGCACAGCAACUUUUUCACUGCCGGAGCGGAACCGGAACCGUCUCCCUUAAGCCGAACAGAGCUGCAGCCUCACUGUGUUCAACAGAACUCAAAGAACAGCAAUAAUUGUGGCCAGUUAAAGUAGCUUCUUAAUAUGCAUUUCCCUUCAGAAGAAUUUCCUGUUGGUGGCCCGCUCCUCAUCCUACAUCCCUGUUACUCAGACUUGCGUCCCGUUUAACUGGAAGGUGUCGCUUCGUAAUCAAAGCUUCUCCAUGUCGGGUAGAUUAUUGUAGCUCAGUGAAAACGAUUUCGAGCUCAGGUUCCAGUCCGCCUCGUCCUGUGGAAAAAAAAAAAAAGCAGAGGUUUUAAGCCUUGUAUUCUGAUCACUAUUUACCCUGAACCAUUACACAAACACACAUUUGUACCUGGACAAUAACAAUGGGGUCAAAUCAGGAUCAGUUUAAAGGGAAUAAAAACCAGAUUCUAAAUCCAAAACUCGCGAGUGCACAUGGCAAACUUGAAGGUGAUAUUGCGAAUUUAAAAAACUACGUAUUUUAAAUUUAAGGAAAAUUUUGAAAAAUUUAGAAAAGACAAUAUUACAUUUGAAAGUUGAAUUGAAAAAGAAAAAGUGUAACCAAAUGAAAGACUUGGUGACAGUGGGAGAGCAUUAGCAUUAGUGUACGCCACAUCAGAGAAGAGAUGAUGAGACAGAUGGCGCCAACAACAGAGGCUGUUCUGGAACAGAAAUGACAUCACCAUGACCUCCAUCUCCCAGUGGGAAUCGUGUCCCAGUAGCCGAUGGGCUCAAAGCGCCGCCCCUAUG